AUGGUCAUAAAUAUCUAUAUAAAUACUCAGCCAAGCAGGUUACUUGCUUGCUGGAAUGGUUUUGAAGAUGACAAUGAUGGACAUGCUGGGUACACAGUGUGGUUAGUAUUGCUUCAACAGGGGGCACAAAGUGUUGCAGUGACCUUGCUUUCUGUGGAGGCAGAGCUCCUGAAACAGCUGUUUGUUCUCGGACAGCAUGGCCUGAGGUGGGGAGAUUCCUUUACACAGUUCCGAUUUGCUGAUGAGAAGGAAUGGGAUAGAGAAAGCAUAUGCCAUAAGCAGUUAGCUGCACUUUCUGUUGACUGCCAGUCUUUGGUCCAGGCCCUUCAGGAAUUGCCUGUCCAUCUGAGGUUGAAUGUAGCCGCUGAACUUGUGCAGGCAUCAACACCUAUAGAACUCCCACAGAUGAAAUCUAAAUUUUUUGAAGAUGGCACGAGGAGAGAGCUUCUGUUCCGUCAGUCUCUGGCUCAAAGUGCAACAGUGUCGGUCUCCCAUCCCAUUGGCGAUUCUGUUGCUCCAUCAGAGCCUGGAAGUAAAACUGGUCCUAGGGCAAGUGCAGCAGAACCAUUUCAGAGAGCCCAGCCCCUAUCAGAGGAAGAGACUGACCAUCUGGAUGAAGAACUAGAUCUUCUCCUCAAUCUAGACGCUCCUGCUGCUACAGAAAACAGACCUGUGUCACGUGCAUUAUCCUACGACAGAUCAAUGGAGACGGACUUGAAGAAAAUGGGUUGUAAGGAAAAUGACCUUAUAAAACUAGAUAUGCCUGAAGAGAAGACUACAGCAUCACAGCCACAGCGAACUACAUCCAAAAACGUUACUGAGGAAGAGCUUGAAGAUUGGCUGGACAGCAUGAUUUCCUGA